AGAUGUGUUCCCCACUCACGAAACCAAGCAAGAGUCGUCAGACGAAGAAUCUGGACUUCCCUCUAGGCAGUCGAGGGGCAAAGACUUGCAUGCUAGGCCGGAGGAACUCGAUGCGAGCAGUUUGAUGGACCCGAGCGAGGCGGGCAAGAAGUUCAGGAAGGCAGAGAAACGUCGUCACCGGCCGCGGAUACAAUAUACGUACCCGCCAUCUCCGACGACGUCUUCAGGACGAAGCUCGCCCGAGAUUCACCACACGCUUCCGUCCCACCAUCACCAUCAUCAUCACCAACGCCCACACGCCUCGAAUCUCGCACAGCGGCUCACGAACCUCAAGGCAGAGCUUGCAGCGCUCGAGGCCGAGCUCGGCGAGGCACAGACGCAAGAGAGCCCGGCCCUCGCGGACGACGACGAUGACGACGAGCCGGUCGACAUCGCAGCGGAAGUAGAGGACACGCCCAAGCCUGUUCUCGAGGAGAACGACGGGCCGCAGAAGGCCGUGCUCAUCAGCGAGGUCAUCGAUGUCAAGGCGCGGUUGGAGAAGAUCGGGAAGCUGAAGGACGGGAAGACAGGCAGGGAAAAGCUCGUUAGUGCGGUGCUCCAGGGCGUUGGGGAGCGAAGCACGUCGGCUGAGGCUGUACCUGGAAAGGACCAGGAGAUCCCUGGGGGUGAAGAGAAGAAGGGAGAAAGUCUUCCGAUGAAGAUGGAAGUGAGGGAUAUCGCUGAGAUGGAUCGUCGUCUUGGAGAGCUGGAACGCGCGGUGGGGGCGUCUAGCACCACCGUAGACGAGACUACACCCCUUCCUCCGCCUUUACUUCCCCUCCUAACCCGCCUCAACACCCAGCUCACCCUCCUCGCUCAACCGCGGCACAUCGACAACAUCUCGCGUCGGCUCAAGCUGCUCCUCUCCGACCUCGACAGACUGUCCGUGAUCAACAACCAGCACAACAACCCGAACGCAGGCGCGCCCCAGCGGCGGGGCACCAGCGGCCACUUCGGGCACAACCAGCAUGGCUUCGCGGGCAUGCCUAGCACGCCGGUAUCGUCUAGCCAUCCCGCGCCCCCGCCGAGCCCGCACCCGCACACGGACGCGCUCGUGCCCAUCCUGAACCGGCUGUCGCCCCUGCUGCCACACAUCCCGCACAUCCUGACGCGCCUCCGCACGCUGUCGACGCUGCACACGAAUGCGGCCGCGUUCCAGGGCACGCUCGAGGCGCUCGAGGAGGAGCAGAAGCGCGUGCGCCGCGCGCUCGAGGAGCUCGAGGGCGCCGUGCAGAGCGUCGAGGGCAGCCUGAAGGAGAACGAGACCGUCGUGAAGGGCAAUGUUGUUGAGGUUGAGCGGAGAGUGGACGAGGUGACGCGCAAAGUCGAGGCGAUGAGCGUCACGGGUCAGUGACGAAUGUUCGGAUUCCCUUCGUACUGCAGGCUGCAUUCGUGAUAUACCCCUUUCAUUUCUGUGUCCUGGCCUUUUUUCCACCUCAAAUGAACUUCGUGUGCUGAC